AUGAAGUUCAUUUCCAUUGCUACUUUCGCUACAGUCUUUGCCGUUGCUUCUGCUGACGCCGCCGCUGCCGCUGCUCCAGCUGUUCCAACUUCUCCUGCUACUGUCCUUCCAUCACAGAUUCAGCCAAUCAUUGGACAGAUUCCUACCUUGGUUAAAGACGUCGACGACCUCAUAAAGAACGCAAACACCAUUUACCCAUUGAUUGUUGGCAACGACUCAAUUCCAGCUCAAGUUAAGGAAUUGGUUGCCGACAUCUCAAAGCUUUCCACUGAUGUAGGAACCUUGGUCAACGACGUUUCCAAGGAUCUCAACAGCGCAUUCGGUAUUAACAAUUAG